AUGAACGCCAAGCCAGUGGAGCACGAGCCACGUACGCGCCCUGCGCCCUCGGCACCGGCGCUCCAGGCCUUCAAUGGAACCAGGGUGCAGAUCGAAUACGCAGGCGCGCCGGACGGCGUCGACUCGAAUUUGCUCAUCCUCCUGCACGGCCUCGGCGACCGCGCCGCGCCUUUUCGGCAGCUCGGCACUUCGCUGCAGCGCACGCUGCCGCAAACGGCCGUGCUGUGCAUCCAGGGGCUAAAGCGCGUGCCGCUCCUCGAAGAAGACGCGUGGAUGUGGUGGGACACGUUUGAUAUGCUCGGCGAAACGAUCCCCAACCCCGAUCCAAGGCACGCGAUCGGGGCCAUCGAGGGCGCGCUCGCCUACCUCUGUGCGCCGCAGGACAAGGGGGGGUGCGCAUGGCCGAACGAAAACGUGCACCUCUUUGGGUACGGGCAGGGAGGCUCGCUCGCGCUCGAGGCGCUUGCAGCGCGGCGGCCGAACGCGGUCGGGAGCGUCACGAGCGUAUGCGGCCCUUUUCUGUCGCUGCCGACUUUUACCCCGCCGCUGACGACACCGGCGUGCUUCGUGACGCGCUUUGCGCCGCCGGUGCUCCAGUCCUCGGCGCUCGCCAAGGGGCAGCUUGCGGCGGUAAAUAAGGCGUUCAAACACAGGCUAUGA